UGUUUUAAGCGGAGCGACGCCUCGGAAGAAUUUUUACCCAGGAAAUGUCAGUUGGUUAUCAUAAUAUCGUAUUGAAAUCCACAGAUAUUUGAAAAGAAAAUGGAUAUUUUGUGAAUUUGGGUUCUGCUUAAAGUGGAAACAGUUGGUGAUGAUGGAGUGAAAGCUUUGAAUAAAAAAAAUAACCUGUUAUAUAGGCUAGCCUAUAGGAAAACAUUCAACCAUGCGUUUUAACAGUAAAGAGUUGUGCCAUCUUGCGCUAGAACCUGAGGAAAAGUUUGACAGAAUUGGCCACCUCUGGAUGAAAGACAAGCAGGAUGGCAUAUUCAAAAAAGGAGAAGUUUUCAUGGAAAGAUGGUUCAAAUUAAGAGGGAAUCUUUUAUUUUACUUCAAAUCCAAGGAAAGUAGUGGUGACCCCAUAGGACUGUUUGUCUUGGAGAGAUGUGCUGUGGAGCUUGACCUCAAUGAAGAAAGGCCAUUCUCUUUUGUGUUAGUGUUUGAAGGAGAGGAGAAAAUGCAGCACUUAGCCGCCCAAUCUGAGAGAGAUCGGGAUGCAUGGAUCCAAGCGCUGCAUAUCGCCAGUUAUGAGUGCUUACAAAUGCAGGUGCAGAGUCUGCGGGAACAGAUUCGUUCUAAGACUGGACAGGAUCCGAUGACAAUGGCUGACAGUUUAGAGCCUUCCUCGAACUCCCGACACGCGAGUGUUUCUGAAGAAGCAGCAUUAGAAAUUUGUAUAGCUUGUGAUGGUUUGCCUGUAGAUAGUAUGAAUUUACCCCCUAAUCCCUUUGUGGUAGUUAGCACUAUAUUACCCCCUCAGCAGACUUGGGUACAGCAUUCACACACAGAAAUUGUUGAGAAGAGUGUUUCUCCCCAGUUUUUGACAACCAUUGGUUUUGGUGAUAGCAGAGGCGUGGACUUGAUCACAAGGGUUAGGCUGACUGUCCAUAAUGUCACAGAACGCAUGACGGGAACUAUGACUCAGAUCGGUGAAGUUAUCUUCACCUUAACUGAUGUGCUUAGUGCUCCAAACUCUCGGCUGAGACUAAGACUUGUGUCCCAAGAUUACCGAAAUGCUGGCUGCGUUACUGUGAUGGCCUGGGCAAAUGACAAGAAUGCCUCACCAGAAAGCCAGAAUUUAAUGGAACGACGACCAUCUAAGAGAUUGGAAAUGUUGAAAACUCUGUAUGAGAAUGUUGUCUCAAAAAGCUUCCGAUUUGAAACAACAGAUGGUGAAAACUUGGCUGUGUAUGAAUACAUGGGGGAAAGUAAACUGUCUUUCUACAUUCCUCAAAAACUGCUCAAACUUUGGAUUGAAGAAGAGAAACUGAAAAUUGAAGAGCUCCAGAAUCUUGGGGAGCUAGCAGAGCAUUGGGAUAACAGACGCAAGGAAAUGCUGAGCCUCCACACAAGUUUGAUAAGCACUUAUGCUAGGUGCAUGAGAUUCGUUACAUCCUAUGAAGGUGAACCCAUUAACUGCAUGUCUGUCUGUGGCCGUGUAGUCAUGUGUCAUGGCCCAAGUUUUAAGCCCAGUGCCAAAAAGGCUGACAAGGAUCUUGAGUUUGUACCAACCAAUCUCCACUUACACCGCCUAUGGGUUCAGAAUGAGGCUACAGGGAAGAGUGGGUGUUUUGAUACUAUUACAUCCGGAGCUUUCACAGCUUAUGCCCAUAAGUACCGAAAUGGUGGGAUGAAACGGUUACUGCAACAGCAACGAGAGAGCUACUCUGUGGACAGAUCUUCAGGCCAAAGUAACAAGUUGAGCCGUGGGGCUGAGAUUGUGUCUGAUAUUCGAAGCCUAAAGGAAGAGUGUGUAAAGCGCUGUGAUGUAUUGUGUCACACAGCCAUGCAGGGGUCAGGAGCUGAACUGAAGAGGUCCAUGGCUGUUCUCACUGACAAGGUGAGACAGUUGAUAGAGGUGUGUAACGAUCCCCUCCUGGAUGAGACGGAUAAGCUGUACCAGGAGGCCAAACCUGACACACCUCCAGUCAACACUACAUCUGGCCGUCAGUCUGUCCCUGCUAACAUGAGUAUCGGUCAGCCUGAGCUGUCCCCAGAGAAAACGUGGAGGUGGUCAGGGAAUGAGUUUGUGAAAAGUCCAACCAUUGAGCCAUGGGAGCUAACACGCCUGAACACGGAUGCUGCCCUGGUGUGUAUCCAGACCAAAGUGGAGGACCUUACUGUGAGGAAGAACUCGCCAGCUGACCAAACCAUGUGGUUAGAUGACCUAAACCCUGCUGUGUUCAAGCUGAAGAGCUUCCUGGAGGUGCUGACAGGGCGGGCACUCACAGCCAUCACCUUCCUUACCCUUGUGGAAAAUCGUGACAACAUACCUCUCCUGCAUACAGUCAAGUACAGGAGAGAUGUGAUUUUUUCUCAUGCGGUGGCAACACUAGUUGCAGGUUUUCUCACGAAGCUGCGACACAGCAUCACAGACGAACAGUUCCUGCGUCAGCUCUGGAAGGUUGGGGUGCUGGCAGAGUUUGAAGGCCUGUUGUCGUGUCACGGGGAUGAGAUCGGGAUGAUAGAGGACAUGAUGGUGGCUGUACAGGACUUGUCUAGCAUCAGCUUCAGGCUGGAGGAGACUUCCAGUGUAGAGUCGGACCUGCCCAGGAUUAUUCCCAGCAGCUCCACAAGACAGGGAUACUACCCAGAUGUCAGCAGGUCUGGGCUGAUCAUCAAAGUGCCAUUGUCUGCUGGCAUGGCACAGCUCCUUCCUCCAGAACUACAGAGAGGUCACCUGAUCAAGGUCAUUCCUGUCUUCUUUAAUGUGGGUAUCAAUGAACAGGCAACACUGGCAGAGAGAUUUGGGGACACCUCCCUGCAGGAGGAGGUGAAUGUGGAAGCGACAUCCAUGUUACAGCUGUACUACCAGACCUACGUGGAGUUGGUGGGUGACCCAGAUACAGACAAGACCCAGGCUGACAGCCUGGAGAACCUGAGCAGAAGACUCUAUUACGAUGUGAUGACCAAGAAAAGCAAAAAUGUGGAGAUUCUAUGGAUAGCUGCUGAGAUGAGCCGUAAGCUGAAUGGCCUGAGGUUUACGUGUUGUAAGAGUGGUAAGGACCGGACAUCUAUGGGGGUGACUCUAGAGCAGACACAGAUUCUACAGCAGGAGCACAACCUCGCCUCACAUGUCUUCACUCAGGCUCUCGACUGCUUCAGAAGUGAGGGUGUGAGAAGAGACAACACCUUCAAGAACACAGGUGUGAGAAAGUAUGCCUUCAACAGUCUGCAGCUUUUGUCUGUACCCAAACUGUACAGGCCACCUCAUGGAACAUUUGGCAAUGUACAGACAUGACAAAGUACACCUUCAGCAGUCUGCAGCUUUUGUCUGUACCUAAACUGUACAGACCACCUCAUGUAACAUUUGGCAAUGUACAGACAUAACAUGAGGUAGCACAAUGCAACAAUGGAUGCAUUCAACAGCUUGCAGUAUUUGUCUGUGCUUAAAGUGUACAGACUCAUGAAACAUUGGGCAAUGCACAGACAUAACAUGUGGAAGCACUAUGUGACAAAGUACACCUUCAACAGUCCGCCACUUUUGUCUGUUCCCAAACUGUACAGACCAUCUCUUGGAACAUUUGGCAAUGCAUAGACAUAACAUGUGGAAGCACUGUAUAGGGCACCUCAUGAAAAAUUUAGCAAUAUACAGACAUAACAUGUGAUACCACUACACAAGCAAGAGGGUGUUUUCAGCAGUGUACAGGAGAAAUGGGGGAUUGAACCAUCACUGUACAUGUACAGGAGAAAUGGGGGAUUGAGCCAUCACUGUACAUGUACAGGAGAAAUGGGGGAUUGAACCAUCACUGUACAUGUACAGGAGAAAUGGGGGAUUGAACCAUCACUGUACAUGUACAGGAGAAAUGGGGGAUUGAACCAUCACUGUACAUGUACAGGAGAAAUGGGGGAUUGAGCCAUCACUGUACAUGUACAGGAGAAAUGGGGGAUUGAACCAUCACUGUACAUGUACAGGAGAAAUGGGGGAUUGAACCAUCACUGUACAUGUACAGGAGAAAUGGGGGAUUGAACCAUCACUGUACAUGUACAGGAGAAAUGGGGGAUUGAGCCUGCAGUGUACAGGAGAAAUGUGGGAUUGAGGCAGCAGUGUUCAGGAGAAAUAUAAUAUGGUGUAUUCAGCAGUACACAGAUGCAGUAAGUAGUGUACUCAGGUGUGGUGAAAUAAAUCAUAAAAUAAGUAAAGACUUAAACCAUAAAAUAAAUUGAUCAGACCAUAAGAAAAAUUGACAAAACUUUCCUGCUAAGCAUAAAUGUUAAGAAUAUGCAAUAAAGUUUUCAGCCCAUAGCCAGGCAUGUUUUCCCACCUACUGCAUAUCAAAGACUGCAACUUGCAGACUUAUACAUACAUGUAACUUUUCAUCCAGCUGGUGAAGACAUCAAUACAGUCAUGCAGCACCUGAGUUCUGGCUGCUGUGUGAGCUAGAUCAGUGUACUUGUGAUGAGCAGAAAACUUUGUCACAGUCACCUGUGCUCACUUUAUGUUCAUGCCCAAUUACAUUCCCAAUUACAUGUACUGUAACGAUG